AUGUCUCUGAAGGCACACGUGAUGGACUCCGUCGAGAUUUAUUGUCCUUUGUACAACGACACGGUGACUCAGGACCAGGCCGAGUACAACAUUAUUUACAUGGUGUCUGAAUUCGGUUACAAGAAUUGCAUUUUGGACAACGAACGACCGGUUGGUCAAUGCUUUAGCCCUUACAGCGACACGACCAUUCGCAUUGUCUUUCGCGAGUUUACGCCUUUGCCUAACGGCCUCGAGUUUCAACCUGGACGAAGCUACUAUUUCAUUACGACUUCUGAUGGCACCGUCGAAGGCGUUCACAAUCGCCGCGGUGGUCUAUGCAGCGAAAGGAACAUGAGGCUGAGGGUAAUCAUGAUGUCCGAGUUCGACGAAACGACCAACGAACUGGAACGCCAUCCGAUUUCACCUAAAUUUCGCCACGACAGUGGUCGGGAGGUGAACCACAAGCCGAAGAACCAACAGACGUCCAAACAGGUGAUUCAUCGUCUGGCGAAGGAUCACGCGCCGUUUACUGGUGGCAACCAAGACGACGAAGGGACGAUCGUCGAACCGGUUCUGUUGAACGGUCCUCAUGGCGGUAGAGGAAACCGACCUGCAGGUCGACUGUCGCAGUUGUCAGUCUAUGAGUACUCGAACGCCAUACCGCCGGCAAGCUGGGGUCCCACUCCUUUACCAAGGAACAUGGAUUUUCAGACAGCCGUCCAAGAGCCUGUGUUGUUGUAUGAAAUCCACGAAGCACCGUAUCUCGACUUAAAUUUGUUCAGCAGCCGAGGUGUGGUCGAAAAGGCUAGCAACUGCAUUGUGACUAUUGCCGUCGCCCUGGUUGCUUCGGUGAUCAUGCGAAUAUUAUCCUGA